GGGAGCACACAGAGAGCCCACUGUUAGAAGGAAGAAAGGCAGAUUGAGUGUCAAUGGACAGCGUAGGUAGAUUGCCGAACAAAUUGUGCAGAUAAACCCAGCACAGAAGAACAUUUGGGAUAGAGAUAGAAAGAGAGAUUACCACAUUAGGAUAUUGAAGUACAGUAGAGUAGGAUAGUGUUGUGACUGAAGGGGCAACAGGCGAUUGUGAUAGCCAGGACAGAGCAGCCAACCCUGGGAAGAUGCUGUGAGGACUCAGGACUAGAGCCAAGUAAUGGAGGUUGAGACAGCCAGCAGGCAGACACGAUUGGUCAGAAUGGAGGACCAGGACAGAAUGAGCCAUGCCUCAAGUGUGGUCACAAUCUCCUCUUUUCCUGUCAGAAGCAAGGACGGCGAUGAUAGGGUGCAAACGUUUGGGAAGAGAUGUAGGGCGGCGAAGAGAGACCCCAACUGCCCCGUGGUGAUAAGAGGUUGGCUCAAUAAGAAGGACAGCUCUGGGCUGAAACUGUGGAAGAGGAGAUGGUUUGUCCUGUCUAACUACUGUUUAUUCUACUACAAAGACAGCAGAGAAGAAUCUGUUUUGGGUAGCAUCCCACUACCCAGCUACAACAUUCUCUUCUGCACACCGCGAGAAUGCAAGAACAGAAAAAACACUUUCAAAGUGGUGCACCAGGGAAUGCGCUCCUACUUCUUCAGUGCAGACACUCAGGAGGACAUGCUGGGCUGGGUCAGAGCACUCAGUCAGUCCGCCUGUAUGGAAGCAGACGGCUCCAUCAACAGGCGUUGCUCAAGUUAUCAGGACUUCACGCAGAUAGGUGGCAGCAGUGAGUCUGUGGAUCUCCCUCAUUCCCCCUCUCUCAGUGGUCCCCGGAAUGCUGCGCACACCAACACAUCACAGAGGAAUCCAAGUCAGGUCGCCAGGGGGAGAAUGGGGGCACCCCAUUCGGAGCCAAGAGGGAGGCGGAGCGUGCGGCGAAGCCCAUCGCCCAGAACACCCAGUCCAACAGAAUUUAGCAGCAGAAGGAGAGACCGGACAGAUGAGGAUUCCCUCCCCUUCCAUUCUGGUCCUAACACACCACCCAAGCCCACAGAAUUCAUGGGGACAGGUUCUUUGACCCCCAGAGGUCAAUUGGGAUCGCGACCCCACACACCAGUCGGGCGGGUUGACAUUCGACCCCAGGAGGAUCCUCCCAUGUCGCCACAGACCCUGUGUUACACCCCUGCGUCUCCCAAGAUGGAGUUUAAAUCCGCCCCCCACACUCCAGGGACUGACAGAUGGCACACAAUCAACAGGCCCACGCCUGUAUAUUCCUCCCUCCACCAUACUCCAAGCGGACGAAGAGCUUUCGGAAAGAGCUACUCCACAGGGGGGGAAACAGACUUAUUGCCCCCUUUGCCCCCAUCUUCAAGAGUUCCCCAUGCUCCUCACCCCCCACACCACCACCAUCACCACCACCAUCACCAUCGCAGCCAUAUGUCUGUCUGUCUGCUACCGCCACCUAUGUCUUCCAAGUCCGAGAUGUUCAAAGAGAAAGAGACGCCGCCACCCGUCAGGCCUCUUGAGAGUGAAACAGACGCUGUGCUGACUAGACUGUGUGGGUGUGACAAGCUUCUCCAGUCUCUCUCUCUAGAGCUGGCCCAUCUACAAGUUGACAAGGACAGUGUCCAGUGCGCCUUAGAGAUGACCAGGCUGCAACUGGACGAGUGGAGGAACCAAGGACUCCGAGGACAGGAAGGAGCACUCACCCAGAAGGCCUUGCUCCAGGAAGAACUGGUCACUAUCCGAGCAAGGAUGUGCGAUGUCUCAUUGGAAAUGGAUAGAGUGUGGAGCCAGUAUGAGAGGAUGGAGAGCGAGCUGUCUGUGUUCCGAUCACACCUGCAGCACGUCUGUAAUUUCGGGAUGCCACAAGAGCAGUCCCAGGCCCAGAGAGAGCUGUGGAUGAUGGACGACAUCCUCUCUGGACUCAGGGUCAACAGGGAUAACUUCCGGGUCCUGCUGGGCUUCCAGAGGCACACAGUUCCCACAGCAGUAUUCCAGAAGUCAUCCUCACACCCGGGGACCCCUGGAUCUCCAACAGAGAGGAUGCCGGGUGAACUGCCAACGGGGGUGGAAUCAGAGCCUCCGGCCCGCCCCCCUUUACCCCAGGAGCUCCAAGACACCAAUCAGGGAAGAGACCAGGGGCAUGUGUGGAUGAAUCCGAACUACGAGGGCAUUUACGGUGGCCCAGGAGAUCCAUUGGACAGAAGAGGAAACAGCCAAUCUGAUCUCCAUGGUGACAGGACACAGAGAGAGACAUCAGAAUCUCAGUCUAGUUCAAGAUGGUCCACACCAGACAUUACAAAUAAAAAGGGAAGGAUGAGUGAAGAGGAGCAGAUUGAGAGGAUGAGGAGACAUCAGGAAAGGGUAGCCAGUCGGAGGAAACCGCCUAUGUCCGGUCCCACCAGCCAAACCCAGUAUCAAAGUUCAGAACCGAAAGAAGAGGUUGAGGGACACGCCACUCUCCUAACAUCUGCCCCGGACCCUGACCUCACCCCUGAGCAGAGAGAGGCCAAACUGAGACGUGUGGAGAGGAUCAGGGAGAGAGUCAUCCGGAGUGCAGUCAGAGAGAGUGCCGUGGUGCCCGGACAUCCACUGACCAGGAUGGAGAGACAGGAGCUCCACAACACCCCUUCUACACAGAAGACCUAUGACAAGGCCAGAAAGAGCCGGGAGAUGCCAGUUUCUGGGCCUUGUGAGGAUGUCUGCGGAGGCUGGUGUCAUGGUGACGGGAGGGCUCUACGUAGUAACAGGACAGUAGAACCUCCGACCCCUGGAGAGAAAACUCUUUAUGAAGAUGAGGGGAAGGGGCACAUUAAAGGUCAUGAGGGUCAUAUUGGGAACAAAACACUGCACAAAGGUCACGGUGACAGAAAGGGUAUCAUGAAAUGUAAAAAAGAAAAGGCACCAUCCACUUCCUCCAAUAAGAUCUCCUCGAUGACUGUAUACCAAACUGAUGGAGGCCUGCAAUUCAAGAGGUGUGAAGACAAAGAACAGGAAGAAGACCAAAAGGAACUCUUAUCCUAUCACGUUGAAAGCAGUUCUCUGUCCACCAAUCUGAAAGCAGAAUGGUUCCUCUCAACCAAUCAGUGGCGAGAGUUCAUACCUUUACGAGACCACGGAAUAGAGACAUUGUGCCAAAAGGAAACCUUGAAUGUGGACAAUGAUCCAACAGCUCAUGAUGUAGGAACUGAUUCCAAUGGUGACAUGUUUUCUGUCAGUGAAAGUUUAGAGAAAAUGUUGGAAAAUCAUUCACUCUUCUAUAAAAUCACAAGUGACAUCAAUCUGUCAGACACGGACAUUACAAUGACUGAUGGGCAAUCAGUAUCCAAUCAAGGAGAAGAGAUUGAGGGGGCAACCAAUGACAUUUCAACAGCAGAUGAAGUGACCUAUAGGGUGGUAAGACCAACAGACCAACAAAUCGAAGGUUGUCACCAUUCAGAAUCGUCCACAAGUCAUGGUAUAGCCACAGACGAUAGCGGAGACAUCACGACAACCAAUGAGCCGCAAGAUUUAACAUCUAAGGACCGGAACGCACCACUAUCUGCUAAUCAAACAUUGUGCGUCUCAUCCAAACCAGGACAUGACCUAUGCAUCUAUGAAGAGAUAUCUGACAAUGACGCUUUGCCCAAAGCAACAGAGGAACCAUCUCAGGAGAGUCAAGGGAAAAUCAUGCAAAGUCAAGAAUGGAGGAGACCUAAUCCCGAAUCGUGGAAUCAUCCUGAAUCAGAACAGGUCCCCUUUAUGCAUAUGUGUGGAAGGGCAGAAACAGGACAAGAGAAUUGUGGAACAGUAGAUAUGAAGGUAGAACAGGAGGGAACUGGAGAGUUGAAGGUGGCCAAUAGCAGUGUAAGUGGAGAGAGAAACCACGCGGUCCAAAAUAGACGGAGCCCAUCCAAAACCAACUCGCUAGGCCUGUACGAGGAGGAAAGGGCGGAUCGAAGUGCCUCAUUUGGAAGAGGCAGAGUAACAGUGCUGCGGACAAGUUUAUAGAGGGACUACAAAAAUGGAGGAUGACAAGGAAGAUGUAGUACAACAGAGACUGGAGUGAGCUAGAUGGGGGGGGUGAAAGUGAUAGAGAGAAAUAGUGUAUUGAGGAGAAGAGAAGAGAGAUAUCUGGGAAAGGAGAAUGAUGAUGAUGUUUCCCAAUGAAAACAGUUCAACAUCUAAAGUUAUUUUAAAGGUUAAGUCCGGAAAAAGCGUGUGAUCAGAAAAGAAAUCGAUAAUCAGGAUAUGCUACCAACAGAAAAUGGAAUUCACCACAAGACCUGCAUGUGCGUAUAUACUGUGAUCAUAUGAAUACAAUGUAGGGUACAGUACUAGCAAUAAACGCAUGCACAGUACAUGUCAAACGGCCGAGGUUACACAAUUAUGCCACCCGGUUUACAUAUCUAACACUGAGCAAAUACACCCCUAUGUAUCACAGUUGGAUGGUUGUUCAUUGUUCACCAAUAACACGUAUUAUUGUUCUCACUAUAUAACAUGAAUUGUGCUCGCGUUUUGUAUCUCAAAUGUCCUAAUUAAUAAACGUAUGUCCGGCAUUACCAUAUGUUGCACUAAGGCUGUGUUAUUAUAACAUUACGAAUAUAUAUGACAUAUUUCCUCUCCUUUCAUCAAUAGCGCUUUCUUUCCUCAACACUGGUCCUUUAGACUGCUACUCCUCUGAUUAACUCUUCUCUGACCAGGCCUAACGCAGAAUGGAACUGGGUUUUUAAUAAGGUCUUUGUCACUUUAAAUCCUUGCUGUGUCUCAGUCGAUGACAUCAUUGUCUGAGAACACAUUACAUCACCUCUUGCCGGGCUUCCUCGCUCUUAAAGACAGCCCUACCUUCUGUUUUCCGACUCAACCCGGCUCAUCUGUUUACCUGAGAUAUGCUAUCAAUGUCUUCAUAAACCUAUAUAUCAAACAAUGUCUUGUUUGUUUAUUUGUUUUACAGGAACAUGCAAUGAAAUUGAACAUAGGCUAGUAUACUGUAUAUACAUGGUAUAUGGUUCUACUCACACGUCAACAUAUCCAUAAAACAACAUGGUAACUAAAUGUACAAACUGCUCACUUGAUGUAAUAAACAUAUAAUAGCA